UCCAGGUUCAUCCUCUCAAAAAUAGCUUAUAAAUUCCAACAUCGAGACCACAUGUUUUUCAUAUUCAUAGAGAACACAACGCCUUUGUCUUGUCUCUCUCACGGUUCCUCGACCAAAUCAAGCUACCAAAGGCCAGGCUAUAAACAGUACACCCCAACGUUGAGUGUUUUAUUUUUUGAUUCACCGAUCAAAGCUCUUAACAAUGUCUUCCACCAUCUUCAUUCAAACUCCGUUUCAAUCCAAAUCUUUGAACAAAUCCUUGAAUACCCAUUUUGUUCCUUCCUUUAAACUCCCUGUUUCCCUCUCUUUCAAACCCCGGACCGCUGCCUUCUCCAAACGCGUCCAUAUCCGAGCUGGUUUGAUCGAACCGGACGGUGGGAAACUCGUCGACCUCCACGUGUCGGAACCGGAGCGGGAGUUGAAGAAGCGGGAAGCGGCUUCGUUGCCCAAGGUGAAGCUUACUCCGAUCGACGUGCAAUGGGUUCACGUUUUGAGUGAAGGCUGGGCUAGCCCGUUAACCGGGUUCAUGAGGGAAUCUGAGUUCCUCCAAACUCUUCAUUUUAACUCGCUCCGGCUCGACGAUGGUUCCUUCGUCAAUAUGUCGGUCCCGAUUGUAUUGGCUAUCGACGAUUUGCAAAAAGCGAGUAUCGGUGAGUCCGACAGAGUCGCUCUCCUUGACUCGGAUGAUAAACUCAUCGCCAUCCUCACCGACAUUGAGAUUUACAAGCACCCUAAGGAAGAAAGGAUAGCAAGGACUUGGGGGACUACAGCCCCUGGUUUACCAUACGUUGAAGAAACAAUAACAAAUGCUGGAAAUUGGUUGAUUGGAGGUGACUUGGAGGUUAUAGCGCCGAUUAAGUACAACGACGGUCUCGAUCGGUUUCGGUUGUCUCCGGUGGAACUCCGUAAAGAGUUUGAGAGGCGCAAUGCCGAUGCCGUGUUUGCUUUCCAGCUUCGGAAUCCUGUUCAUAACGGUCACGCUUUGUUGAUGACCGAUACUCGUCGGCGGCUUCUCGAGAUGGGUUAUAAGAAUCCCAUUCUUUUGCUUCAUCCAUUGGGAGGUUACACUAAGGCAGAUGAUGUUCCUCUUAGUUGGCGAAUGAAACAGCACGAGAAGGUGCUUGAGGAUGGUGUUCUUGAUCCUGAAACAACUGUGGUAUCUAUAUUCCCAUCUCCAAUGCACUAUGCUGGUCCAACUGAAGUGCAGUGGCAUGCUAAGGCUCGGAUUAAUGCCGGAGCCAAUUUUUACAUUGUCGGUAGAGAUCCGGCUGGAAUGGGUCAUCCGGUUGACAAGAGAGAUUUAUAUGAUGCUGAUCAUGGGAAGAAGGUCUUGAGCAUGGCUCCUGGACUUGAGCGGCUGAACAUCCUUCCUUUCAGGGUUGCUGCAUAUGAUAAAACCCAAGGUAAAAUGGCGUUCUUCGAUCCCUCGAGGGCUCAAGACUUCCUCUUCAUAUCAGGCACCAAGAUGCGGACAUUAGCAAAGAACAAAGAGGACCCUCCUCCGGGAUUUAUGUGCCCUGGCGGCUGGGAAGUGUUGGUCGAGUAUUACGCCAGCUUAACACCAUCGGACAACGACAGAAUACCGCAACCCGUUGCUGCUUAGAUGAAUUGAAUUUGGAAGCAAACCUCGAAACACUAUUUAUCUCCAUCGCGUAAUCUGGACCUUGUGAAGUCUCUUGUGUCCAGAUUUUUGUUCAAUAAAAACCAUGUGGAGACCCUGUUUCAUAGUCAUGAAACUUGCCUCCUUGUUACUAGGAUGCCCAUUAAGGCAUCCACCAUUGAUUCCGUUAAGCCAUUUAAGCAUAAGGGCAAAUUGUACUAUAUAUAUAAAUAUAUUACGUUAUUGUCUUAUAAUGAGGAACAUGGAUUGUUAUUCUCGUA